AUGCGUCAAGGAUUCCUUCACCGAUUCAUGUGGACUCUGUGGAGCGUGUUGGGUCUUUUAUGGGAGGUUGUCGCUGGCGUGUUUGGUGUUCCGCUGGGCUCGCCGACGCACUCGGUGCUGGCAAAGAGGGCGAGGGCGGCCCGCACGUACGAGGAAUGGAUAGUCAUUGCCCGCCGACUAGACGACCUGAACGGGUUUCAGGCCUGGAGACUGAGAGAGGAGCCACGGUACAUGAACUCGGAAGGGCUUUUUGGCCGUAUUGGACUCCUGACGGCGUUGAAGAGGGAGGGAAAUGCGGAGCUGCUGCUGGCGGCCCUCUCAACGGGUCUGCAGCGCACUGUGUUCGGCAUAACGAACCCCAACCUGUACCGCUACCUCUCAGGCACCAAGGCCGUCAUUGAGGCCUACAACUCCCUGCUUGUGUACCUGAUCCAAAAGCUUGCCCGAGACACCGCGGUCGAGGCUAGGAAGAAGUACUUCACCCUGGCACAGAUGGCCCGUGUGUAUGGCAGUACCGCCCUUGUUUUUAACGGGGGCAUGCUAAUGGGACGCUUUCACGUUGGGGCAGCAAAGGCGCUUUGGAAUGCCAAUUUGCUGCCAAGAUUUUUUUGCGGCGGAAGAGCCGGUGCCAUCGUGGCGGCGUUUUUGUGUUGCAGGCGAAAUUUGUCGGAGCUGUUUGAGAUGGAGGAGUCGGAGUUUGCCGUGUUCAGUGAGGCAACCUUCGGACUCUUUGACUGGCGCUGGCACCGCUUUUGGCACGCGGGACAUUUUCUCAACAUCCACGUGCUUGUGGAUUUUCUGCGGAAGCACCUUGGAGAUCUGACCUUUCUUGAGGCCUACCAGCUUACUGGGCGUGUUCUGAACAUUGAGUACACUCCCGAGACUCCAGGCGGCACCCACACCACCGCCCCGCCGCUGCGUAUACUAAAUUAUCUCACCGCUCCCAGCGUGCUUGUGUAUAGCGCGGUGGCGGCCUCCUUUGCCUCCAUGCCACUUUUCUUUGAGCGCUAUCCGUUGCUGGCAAGAGACUUGAAUGACUGCGUGGUGCCGUACGAUCCACCGGUCAUGGGGUGCGUCGGCAGACGCUCGGAUGGAAACAUCGACGGUCUCGAGCGCUUGCGUGAGUUGUUUCACAUCAAGUGUUUUAUUGUCUCGGAGUGCUCCGCCUCGCACUUGCCAUUCCUGCGACUGGCCGGCCGUACCUCCCUCCCGGCCCGUCUCGGUCACGCGGUUUCGGAGGAGUGGUGGCGUCUAGCCGCAUUUGUCGUCUCGUUUACGCCGCUGCAGCAGUACGUCUGGGACUUCCUCUCCGACGUCAAGAUGGACGCGGACGACGUGAUAAAGGUGUUUCCCGCCACCUCCCUCUCGGACGUCCUCGCCUCCGUCCAGUUCCAGCCGCCCCCUAUGCAGGUGUUCCAGGAGCACAUACUGCGCGGGGAGAGGGAGCUCUGGCCGGUUCUCGAGCGGAUACGCGAACAACUUGCGGCCGAGUUGGUGUUGGAUGAUGUCUUAAAUGAGUUGCGUCAUGGCGAUUGCGCCGUGUCAACGGAAGAUGAGGACCUGUACACGGGGUGA